CCUCGCCGCCGCCACCGCCGUGCCGCCGCCAUCCGCCCGCCGCCGCCGCCGCCGCCCGGCCCCCGAGCACGCCGGCCCCGCGCGCGCCUCGAGGCCGAGUCAAGGUGUGAGAUGCACAAUGCGAAACCUAGGCCCCAGCUUUUGCACCAUGAUGCACAGGGUUGUACUUUUUGUACUGAACUGAUAGGUGGCCUAGUGGUUAUGCCCUGUACUACCAUUUUGAGGAUCUGGACUCCGUUCCUGCCUUGCUCUUUGGACCACAUUGUCAAUUCACACCGAGUGCAGGAAAAGUUCUAAUACUAUUUAUAUUAAAAAUAAAACGUCACCAUGUUGAACAGAUUAAGUGUCAAAAACUAUGUUCCAACUUCCUGUCAACAAUCUUGGCAGUUUAAGAAAAGCCCGGAAAACUGUGAAAAAAAUACUUAGUGACAUUGGGUUGGAAUACUGUAAAGAACACAUAGAAGAUUUUAAACAGUUUGAACCUAAUGACUUUUAUUUGAAAAACACUACAUGGGAGGACGUAGGACUGUGGGACCCUUCGCUUACGAAAAAUCAGGACUACCGGACGAAACCUUUUUGCUGCAGUGCUUGUCCAUUUUCUUCAAAAUUCUUCUCUGCCUACAAAAGUCAUUUCCGGAAUGUCCAUAGUGAAGACUUUGAAAAUAGGAUUCUCCUUAAUUGCCCCUACUGUACCUUCAAUGCAGACAAAAAGACUUUGGAAACACACAUUAAAAUAUUUCAUGCUCCAAACGCCAGCGCACCGAGUAGCAGCCUCAGCACUUUUAAAGAUAAAAGCAAAAAUGAUGGCCUUAAACCUAAGCAGGCUGACAGUGUAGAACAAGCUGUUUAUUACUGUAAGAAGUGCACUUACCGAGAUCCUCUUUAUGAAAUCGUUAGGAAGCACAUUUACAGGGAACAUUUUCAGCACGUGGCGGCGCCUUACAUAGCAAAGGCAGGUGAGAAGUCACUCAACGGUGCAGUCCCUCUAGGUUCAAAUGCCCGGGAAGAGAGCAGUAUUCACUGCAAGAGAUGCCUUUUCAUGCCAAAGUCCUACGAAGCUUUGGUACAACACGUCAUCGAAGACCAUGAACGCAUAGGCUAUCAGGUCACUGCCAUGAUUGGGCACACAAAUGUGGUGGUUCCCCGAUCUAAACCCUUGAUGCUAAUUGCUCCCAAACCUCAAGAGAAGAAGGGCAUGGGACUCCAAUCAAGAAUUGGUUCCCUUGCUUCUGGAAAUGUCCGGUCUUUGCCAUCGCAGCAGAUGGUAAAUCGACUCUCAAUACCAAAGCCUAACUUAAAUUCGACAGGAGUCAACAUGAUGUCCAAUGUUCACCUACAGCAGAAUAACUACGGAGUCAAAUCUGUAGGCCAGGGCUAUGGCGUUGGUCAGUCCAUGAGACUGGGUCUAGGUGGCAAUGCACCAGUCUCCAUCCCUCAGCAGUCUCAGUCUGUGAAGCAGCUACUUCCGAGUGGCAAUGGAAGAUCUUACGGGCUUGGGUCAGAGCAGAGAUCCCAGGCACCAGCAAGAUACUCCCUGCAGUCUGCUAAUGCCUCUUCUCUCUCGUCAGGCCAGUUAAAGUCUCCCUCCCUCUCCCAGUCACAGGCAUCCAGAGUAUUAGGUCAGUCCAGUUCCAAACCCACUGCAGCUGCCACGGGCCCUCCCCCAGCCAAUACUUCCUCAACUCAAAAGUGGAAAAUAUGUACAAUCUGUAAUGAGCUUUUUCCUGAAAAUGUUUAUAGUGUGCACUUCGAAAAAGAACAUAAAGCUGAGAAAGUCCCAGCAGUAGCCAACUACAUUAUGAAAAUACACAAUUUCACUAGCAAAUGCCUCUACUGUAAUCGCUAUUUGCCCACAGAUACCCUGCUCAACCACAUGUUAAUUCAUGGUCUGUCUUGCCCGUAUUGCCGGUCAACGUUCAAUGACGUGGAAAAGAUGGCGGCGCACAUGCGGAUGGUUCACAUUGAUGAAGAGAUGGGACCUAAAACAGAUUCUACUUUGAGCUUUGAUUUGACAUUGCAGCAGGGUAGUCACACUAAUAUCCACCUCCUUGUAACCACAUACAACCUGAGGGAUGCCCCAGCUGAAUCUGUUGCUUACCAUGCCCAGAAUAACCCUCCGGUCCCUCCAAAGCCACAGCCAAAAGUUCAGGAAAAGGCAGAUAUCCCUGUUAAAAGUUCACCUCAGGCUGCAGUACCCUAUAAAAAAGAUGUUGGGAAAACCCUUUGCCCGCUUUGCUUUUCAAUCCUAAAAGGACCCAUAUCUGAUGCACUUGCCCAUCACCUACGAGAGAGGCACCAAGUUAUUCAGACGGUUCAUCCGGUGGAAAAAAAGCUCACCUACAAAUGCAUCCAUUGCCUUGGUGUGUACACCAGCAACAUGACCGCCUCGACUAUCACUUUGCAUCUAGUUCACUGCAGGGGUGUUGGAAAGACCCAGAAUGGCCAGGAUAAGACAAAUGCACCCUCUCGGCUUAAUCAGUCACCGGGCCUGGCACCUGUCAAGCGCACUUACGAGCAAGUGGAAUUUCCCUUGCUGAAAAAGCGAAAGUUAGACGAUGAUAGUGAUUCGCCCAGCUUCUUUGAAGAGAAGCCUGAGGAGCCUGUUGUUUUAGCUUUAGACCCCAAGGGUCAUGAAGAUGAUUCCUAUGAAGCCAGGAAAAGCUUCCUAACGAAGUAUUUCAAUAAACAGCCCUAUCCCACCAGGAGAGAAAUUGAGAAGCUGGCUGCCAGUUUGUGGUUGUGGAAGAGUGACAUUGCUUCCCAUUUUAGUAACAAGAGGAAGAAGUGUGUCCGAGACUGUGAAAAAUACAAGCCUGGUGUGUUACUGGGCUUCAACAUGAAAGAACUCAACAAAGUGAAGCACGAGAUGGAUUUUGAUGCUGAGUGGCUGUUUGAGAAUCAUGACGAGAAGGAUUCCCGAGUCAAUGCUAGUAAAACUGCUGACAAAAAGCUCAGCCUUGGGAAGGAAGAGGACAGCUCCUCAGACAGUUUUGAAAAUUUGGAGGAAGAAUCCAAUGGAAGUGGUAGCCCUUUUGACCCUGUGUUUGAAGUCGAGCCUAAAAUCCCCAACGAUACCCCGGAGGAGCACAUACCGAAGGUCAUUUCUGAGGAUGCUUUAGAAUCUGAGGGGAAGCUAGACCAAAAAGAGGAGGAUGGUUCAAAAUACGAAACUGUUCAUUUGACUGAGGAACCGACCAAGCUGCUGCGCGAUGCCUCUGACAGUGACGUUGACCACGAUGACGCCGUUGAGUGGAAGGAUGGUGCUUCUCCGUCUGAGAGUGGCCCCGGUUCCCAACAGGUGUCGGACUUUGAGGACAACACAAGUGAAAUGAAAGCGGGAACCUGGUCUGAUGAGUCUUCCCAGAGUGAAGACGCAAGAAGCAGUAAGCCAGCUGCCAAAAAAAAGGCUACCGUGCAAGGCGACAGAGAGCAGUUGAAAUGGAAGAAUAGUUCCUAUGGAAAAGUUGAAGGGUUUUGGUCCAAGGACCAGUCACAGUGGAAGAACGCAUCUGAAAAUGACGAGCGCUUAUCUAACCCACAGAUUGAGUGGCAGAAUAGCACAAUUGACAGUGAGGACGGGGAGCAGUUUGACAACAUGACUGACGGCGUUGCCGAGCCCAUGCACGGCGGCCUGACCGGCGUGAAACUGAGCAGCCAGCAGGCCUGAGUGCCCGGUUCUCCGGCACUGGGGACCAGCUGCCGCCUGGGGCUCGGCUCUGCUCUCCUCCCGGUAGGACUGCAAAGCUGUAUUCUGACUGGUACCGCCUUUUGAGCGCUGGGUCACCGGGCUGUGGGGAUACGAGGCCACUGCUAAUCCCGGUGGUUCUUCCCAUGUCUAUGACACACGACUGGCUGAUCUGGCUUCAGAACUUGCUGUGACAGACACAGUAAAUAAAUGUGAAAAACCGAUAAGCUGGUGGCUCACGAACGCACAUGAGGAAAAGCAGAGGUUUAUUUUAUCUGCCUUCUCAACAUUUCUUUCCCUCUGUAAAAUGUUUGGUUGGAUGAUCUGGGGAAGCGUUACCCUGAUUGACACGGUAGUGUAGGGCCAACAUUCAAGCUACCAGUCCAAUGUGUAUAGUAGACUUCGGGGAAAAUCAAUUUUUUUUCAUGUAUUCAUUCUGAAUAGUUGAAAUGUAUAUUUGUACAGUCUUUUAGACCUAUUCAAGUGAUGCCUAUGAUAUUGUUAUUGUGUACCCAUCUAGAUUUGUUUCUUUUUUUAGUGUUGCCCUUGCUGUGUAAUAAGCGCUCUAUCUAGUUUACCUAGCAAAAGCCUGAAACUGCGCUAGUAUGGACUUUUGGACAGACUUAGUUUUUGCACAUAACCUUGUACAAUCUCGCAACAGAGGCCAGCCACAUAAGAUAUAUAUCUGGACUCUCUUGUAUUAUAGAAUUUUUCUCGUUCUGAAUAUCCUUGACAUUACAGCUGACAGAAACAAAAACUGGCAUUUCAGAUCUGUUUUCUGAAAUCUUUUAAGCUAAAAAUCACAUGCAAGAAUUGACUUUGCAGCUACUAAUUUUGACACCUUUUAGAUCUGUAUGAAAGUGUGUUGUGUUGAAGCAGCAAACCACUGAGUGCUGCAUUUUGGAUAUUUAGUUUUAUCUUUAGUUAAGCACCACCCCGGUGUAUUCAUUUAUACCAUCUAAUAUAUGACACACUGUUGUAGUAUGUAUAAUUUUGUGGUCUUUAUUUCCCUUUGUAUUCAUUUUAAGCAUCUAAAUAAAUUGCUGUAUUGUGCUUAAUGUAAA